AUGGCUGGAAGCGAUGGCGGUAGCGGCUCGAAUACCGAGAAAUCGGUUCCAAAUUCAACAGCGCUUCAAUGCCCGAUGUUGAAUAAGGUUAAUUAUAUUAUUUGGGCGUUACGUAUUCGUGCGAUUUUUAACGUUCAUGGCGUGUGGGAGGCCAUUGAACUCGGAACUGAAACCGAUGUGAAGAAAAACAAUAUGGCGAUUGCAUUAUUGUUUCAAUCCAUACCGGAAGAACAGAUCUUGCAAGUUGGUAAUCUGAAGACGGCAAAAGAGAUGUGGGAUGCAUUGAAAGCGUGCCAUCUGGGAGCCGAUCGGGUACGUGAAGCAAGACUACAGACACUCAUGUCAGAAUUUGAGGUGUUGAAGAUGAAGGAUUCUAGUACAGUUGAUGAGUUUUCUAGCCAGUUAACAGGAAUGUCUUCAAAAGCGGCGUCUCUCGGUUCUAUAAUCGAAGAACAAAAGAUCGUGAAAAAGUUUCUCAGUGGUUUACCAAGGCGGUUCAUCCACAUGGUAGCCUCGGCGUAUGAAGAAUGCAUAAAAGAUGAAGAAUUACAGUCGGAUAAUCAUGGUACGCAAACGAAACUUAUGUUUAAUAAUUCUAAUACCUCUUCAAGUUCUAGACAGAAUUCACGCGAUUCGAGUAAGGGACACGGGAAAGGCUCGAACCGUGGACGUGGUGGUGGUGGACGUGGUCGAAACCAAUCUGGUCAAAACCGCGGGUCACAAGGCGGGUCCAACGAAGAGGAUAAACAACAAGGAAAGAAGGAUUAUUCGAAGGUUUAA